UUCACUAAAAAUUAGCAAAAGUGGAUCCUCGAGUCUAUGAGAAGAUGCCCUUUGGAGGUGAUGAACCUGAAGAAAAGGAAGAAGCCGAGGAAGAUGAGAACUUGUUCCCGGUCUUCUCGGCCCGAUCUCAACACGACAUGCGUGUUAUGGUCUCGGCUUUGACUCAAGUAAUCGGAAACCAACAGAGCAUCUCUCAGGAUAGUCCUUCUGUGUAUAAUCCACAAGACCCUAGUCAGCCAGUUGCUCCAUCUCAUCAAGAUCAAGGAAACUCGAUGAGGAGGAGACGUUAUAGAGGCGUGAGGCAAAGGCCAUGGGGGAAAUGGGCAGCUGAAAUACGGGAUCCACAAAAAGCUGCACGUGUGUGGCUUGGGACAUUUGAAACCGCUGAAUCCGCAGCCUUAGCUUAUGAUGAAGCUGCUCUUAAGUUCAAAGGAAGCAAAGCCAAACUCAAUUUCCCGGAGAGGGUUAACGUUGCCUAUAAUGAUCAGUUAUCAAACUCUAAUUAUUACUCCUCCAAUCAAAUCGAGCCAAAAAAUAUACCAUACUAUAACCAAUAUUAUCAAGAUGGGAAUAAUACUGAUAUGCUAAGCUUUAGUUUAACAACUAGUACUACUGCCGCAACAACUUCUUCGUCUUCUGGUGGCUCUUCUAGGCCACAAGAAGAGCAAGAUUAUGCCAGAUUUUGGCGGUUCGGGGAUUCUUCUUCCUCUUCUCAAUCGGGUUUGUGAGAUGAUAUAUAUAUAUAUAUAUAUAUAUAUAUAUGUAAGAGAUUUGGGUUGCUUGUGAUGAAGAGAUGAUAUGUUCCUUGACUGUUUCUGAUGUUUUGUCUCUUAUUUUAUAGUUCGUUAAGGUUACCUGAAAGUGCAAGUUCACUAGAGAUCGUUAGCUUAAUUGGAAAGAACCAUGGUUAUUGUAUCAGAAGUCUCCGGUUUAAGUGACUGCUGAGAUAAAACAGAUAUUAAAUGUAGUUUCAGGUCCGAGGAAUUAUGGGUUUCGAACCUCCUAGUAUUCAAAAAGAAAAAGUGUAAGUUUAUAAUAUAUAUUAAUUUGUUAUAUGAGCUACAACACCUUAUUUACCUUAGUUACUAGAGGGUUGUUCGCGCUCCGCGCAGAAUAUUAUUUUAUUAUUUUUAAAUAUUAAAUAUGAUUUUCUGAUGAUGUAAUUAUGUGGUCAGUAUUUAUUUGUAAAGAUCAUAUUUGAUGUUUUAUUAUGUUAUGUAUUAGUAGAUACUUAGUAAAUAAUAUAUAAUGUGUUUGUUUUUUAAUAAUGUGUUGUUGUAUGUAUAAUACCACUUGUUAGUGGUAAGCUUUGGUUUCUCGGUGGUUGGCUUCCAUUCUCUUCCACUCAGGUUGGGUAUCUUCUUAUCAUGCAUCCUUUAGUGUAGGUGUGCGGAGUUAGUCUGUUGGAGCUUUGGUUUUUUCUAUUCAGAGUUUUGUGGUUCUUCGCUGCAUAAUUGUCUUAUAUAUGCUUGUUUAAUUUGUGAGGUGCUUCUUAUCUCUUAGCUGGUGGUUGUGCUUCUGGUGCUUUAGACAUGCGUCUUUUUGUUUCGUGGUGACUUUGUUCUUCAGAUGAUUAUUCUUUCUCUGACUGGUUUUUUUUUUGUUUUUUGCGCUGGUGCUUGAUCGAGAUCCUUUGUGUUUCGGGGAUUGCUUUGUCUCAUAUUUUGUUUUUUGCAUUUUCUGACAUCUACUUGUUCUAUCCAAGACAUUCUAUAAUAAGAUGAGAUAUGUUAGUUUUCUUUAUUGAUCUUUUUUUCAGCUCCAAAUCUUUAUUGAGUUAGUGUUACUAUGAUAAUUUGCUUUUUCUUUCUGACUGUGGAUGUUUUAUGUUUAAAUUAUGUAUUGCACUUUAAUUUCUUAUUAAUUUGGUCAUUUUAUACUUUUAAUAGUUAAUAUAUAUAUAUAUAUAUAUAUAUAUAUAUAUAUAAUUUGUAAAUUAAAUAAUAGAAAAUGGUAAAAAACUAAUAAAAUAACAAAAAUUAUGUUAUUUUUAGUUGUGAAUAAAUUAAAUAUGUAAAAUAUAUUUAUAUUAUUUUAUUUAUUUUUUUAUUCAUCUUGAAUUUUAGUGAACAAUAAAAUAGAUUAUCAAAUUUCAUACGAUAAUAGUUAGUGCGAAAAUGAUUAAAUAGUUCAUGAUUAGAAAGUAAUUGGACAAAUGACAAUAAUCUAAAAAAAAAACCUAAAAUGUAAAAACAAAUACAUAGAUGACAUGUGUCGUAAAAUCCCCCCUGCCACUUGGCAGAAGAAGAGAAAAAGACAAAUUUAUAUAUAUAUAUGUAUAAUAUAUAUAUAUAUAUAUAUAGAUUUGGUUCUACACAUGCAAAACAUAAAAUAUCAAAUUAUGGUGCGAUUAGAUGUCAUCUCUCUGCGAAACUUUCCUUACAUAUUUUGAUAUAUAUAUAUUCCGUUAAUGUAUGACCAAGGCUUCAAUUAGGAGCGUCAAUUCGGGCUGGCCUGGUCCGACCCAAAUCCGAUAAGCUCGUAAAUAUUUGAACCUGGUUCGAAAAUAUUUUAGGCCUAGAAUACAGAGUCCGGUCCGGUCUUUGUAGGGCUACAUGUUUUUCGGGUUUUUUUGGAUUUUCAAAACAUAAUUUAUCAUUGUCAUAUCUAUCAUUUUAAUACAUGUGAAUUUUUAUAAAAAACAGUUUCAUUUUUUAUCAAAAAAUAUUUAAUAUAUUUUAUCAAGAAACAGUUUCUUUUUUAUAUUUGUCAUAUCACAAAACAUUUAAUAUAUCAUUGUCAUAUCUAUCGUUUUAAUACUUGUCAUAUAAAAAAAAAACAGUUUCUUUUUUAUCAAAAAAUAUUUUUUUUUUUCGUAUGCUUUAAAAACAUAUUAUAAACAAACCAAAUUUAAUAAGAUUUAAAUAAUCAAAUAUAAAUUAAAACUAAACAUAUAAGAGAAUAAAAUUUAUGAUAAACAUGGUCAAACAUUUCAUAUACUUUGUAUUUUGAAAUUAAAAAAAAUAACAUGUUGUACAUGAAAGAAGAAAGUACAUUUGCAAAAUUUAAAA